AAGUGAUAAGGAAGAGGGAGAAGAAGAAAAAGAGUGACGGUGCAAAAACAGUGAGUUGAAGGAAAGACAGUGAAGCAUUAAAGUAAAGUCAGCAAAGACAAAGGAAGGACGUUGACACGGCAGAAACGCUGAAAAGUAAAAAGAGGAAGAAGAGCACUGUGACAGUUUGUGCUGCGCUUCUUCUCUUGUUGUUAUUACCCUGCUUUGACUAAAUGUACUCGGCGGAGGACACGCAGGUGCCCCGGCACUUGGAGCUGAAUGAUGGCAGACGUAUGCCACUUCUGGGUCUGGGGACAUGGCAGGCUUCUCCUCUGGCGAUGACCUCGAUCCAGGGUGGAGUUGAGGCAGCUAUUGCAGCUGGUUAUCGCCACAUAGACACAGCCUACGGCUACCAGAAUGAGGUGGACAUUGGGAAAGCCCUGCGCUCCAAGAUGCAGCAGGGCAUCAUUCGGCGUGAGGACAUGUUCAUUGUUAGCAAGCUGUGGGGCACCCAUCAUGCACCAGAUGACAUCCCAGUGUGUCUUCAAAAGUCCCUAAAGGAUCUCCAACUGGAUUACCUUGAUCUGUAUCUUGUGCAUUUCCCUGUGGGCUUAAAGAAAAUAGAUGAUGAGCUUUUUCCACAGAAGGAUGGCCAGAUUCUGACCUCUGACAUUGACUACCUGGAUGUAUGGAGGGGGAUGGAGAUGUUGCAAGCCUCUGGGAAGGUGAAGAGCAUCGGUGUGUCCAACUUCAGCAUCCUGCAGCUGGAGAGACUUCUUGCUCUGUGCAGGGUCCCCCCUGCUGUUAAUCAGAUUGAGCUGCAUCCCUACCUGGUUCAGACUGAUAUCAUAGAGUUUUGUAAAUCCAAGAACAUCGCGCUGACAGCCUACAGCCCCUUUGGUUCACCUGGAAGACCCUCAGAUCAGCUCACAGGUGACACCGAUCCUCAUUUACUUCUGGAGGACCCUGUUGUGGCCCAUAUAGCCAAGAAGCACAGACGCACCCCUGCACAGGUGUUGCUGAGGUAUCAUGUUGAGCAGGGAGUUUCAGUCAUCCCUAAAAGUGACAAGUCCCAUCACAUCCUUGAGAACACAAAGAUCUUUGAUUUCAGUCUAACAGAAGAAGACAUGCAAGCUCUUAAAAGCCUUGACCGAGGCUGGAGGUCCUGCAUGCUUGAUGAAUACAAGUCCCACCCGUACUUCCCCUUUGUGUGAGCCAGCCAGGAGAGAAGUCACCGCACAACUGGGAUCAAUAUACAUGACUAAUAAUAAUCAAAUGUGAAUGCCAUGAAUCGGACCAACGAACAUUUGCAAAUGAUUAUAUUUUUCUUAAUGAAUGUUGAAGACAUGUCACAUGUCACAUACCACAGAGGUAGAACAGCUUAACUUUCAACCUGUCUUUACUGCUCACAGCUCUGCAGACUCCACCUGCAGGACUUAGUUCUUAGUUCUUGCACACUUACACUUGAUAUUUUGAUAAGUGAAUUUACACUGGCAACUCGGUUAUUGCAAAGUAAAGGUCAACUACUGAGAUGGUGCUCUCAAAACAGACCGAUAAUUGAGUGUGGAAUGCUGGACACGGCCCGCACUAAUUAAUGGUGGUAAUGUUGUCGAUGCACUGGAAGUGGUGGGAGCCUCAUUUGCUAUGUUUUGGGAUAUUUUGGACAGUCCUCUGUAUUCAGCAUCAAUGAUGGCACAGCUGUAAAGUACCAUAAAUAAAUAAAGUGGACAGAUCACACAAUUACAAUUUAUAAUUAAUGAAGUCCAAUAAUGACAAUAAUAGAGCAGUAAUGAAGCAGCCGAAGAACAAAGUACACCAUCAUCACCCCGGUAAGAGCUCAAAGGCUCUUAUACACCGGGUAAGCACUCACACACUGCACAUGCAGGAGCACAGUGAGCUCUUGCGUGUGCAAAAAGACAAAAAUCAAAGAAACAAACCAAAAAUCUAUUGCUAUCAUGGCAGCACCAGCAGUCUGACCAGCACUGAUCCAGCUGUCCCCUCCUAUAUGAUCUCUUGCUUGUGUUUGUUCUCUCAGAUGUAAGUCGCUUUGGAUAAAAGUGACUGCUAAAUGACAGUAGUAGUGGUGCUUAUGAUGUUUAUGAGUAUGUUGGGGGGGUACAUGUGUGCUGUGUGGGUAUCAUCAAUGUUAGGAUGUGCAUGAAAAUGACCUGUUUUAACCACAAUUUUAUAUGUUGGUGAUUUUAUUAUGUAAAGCACUUUGCUCUAUUUAGUAUGAAAAGUGCUAUAUAAAAAAGGUUUGAUUUGAUUAGUAGUAGUACUGUUUUUAGAAAAGUGUACUGUUUGGACAGUAACCCACGUUUGCCCCUUGUGAAUCUGCCAUGUAAGGCUUUGUGCUGCCCACCUCAGAUGUACACUAAGAACAGAAAGUUGUGAAAUAAGGAAAAUGUUUUUUUUAAAGGGAGGUUAGAUCAUUCUGCUGUGAUCUGGAUUUGUGAUGUCACAACCUCCAGUGAAUCUGAAAGUCUCACAGAAGGAGGAUGAUUCAAACCUGGAUCAUCACACACAAACUGACAAGUUUGUGUCAUGUCAAAAUCUUACAGUUGCUUUGUGAUUUUAAAAAUCCAAAUAAAUAAACUUUUUUCUGUC